AUAAACAAAUUCCGAAUUCGCAAAGGCGGUGCAUAGAGAAGGACCUUCGAAUAAUCUAAUAGUCACGCUCAAACCAGUUACGCGAACAGGGAAAGACGUCUUCGAGCGGAGCAACUCUAAUGGCCGAUAUCGUGUUCAAGGUCUCCCCCCAUGGCAGAGCAGUGUUCGACAAACUGGAAUCCGGAAUGGGGACUUCCGAGUCUACCGAACGAGGGACGAAUUCGGUUUCCGACAGCGACGAGUCGACUUGGAGGACUCUUGUGCUACCCACAAAGUAUGUACGCUAUAAACGUGUGUUAGAGGGUCGGAAGCUAACUGAUGAUUUGACACAAGAGGCUCUGGAGAAAAUGCUGAAGAGGUGGUCUAAAAAAAGACGAGGAGGUCGAAGUAGGCUUUCCAGCAUGCCUGUAGGCCGUGUACAGCCUGUUAAACUUGAAGGACUCAAAGCUAAGGGUGCUAAAGAAUAUGAUACCAUCCUCUCUAUGUGCAAUUGGAUUGUUGAUGAGCACCAUAAAUACCGUCCUGAAAAGUGUUGCGAGUUUGCCAGCGUGGAUAAGGUGGGGCGUCAAUUUGCGGAAAAUGGUCAUUUUUAUUACCUUGAUUUUUUGGUCAAAGAUCUGGAGAAUGAUGGCAAUCCUUUAGUGCCUGUUGAGGCCGUCAUUUAUCGGAGAGUGCCUGAUGAUUUCAAAUUAUGGAAAUGUCAUGGGCUGAAAGCCUGCAAUAUGUAUGUUACAACUUGCGACCUUUUUAUUUUUGGGCCAUUUUAUGAUUGCAUCGUCAAGAAACAAAAUUUUGGCCAAGUGCGAAUGUUUUGCGUCGUUUUUAUACUCUUUUUGCCUGAAAGCAAGUAUACACUUGUUUCUAUGACUCAAAUUGCAUGGUAUUUCAUUGCUAACAAGUCUGUUCUUUGGUUUCUUUUGACUGCACACCUGGUAUUUACUUGCUACUUUGUAAGUAAUACACUUCUAGCGCAGGAUAUAUUUGUUCUUUGUAUAGUGAUAGCUACUCCACUCGGAUAGGCUCUCGUAAAUAUGUGGUGUAACAUUGCAUUGGGGCAUAAGUGUUUCUUGGUGCAAUU